AUGGCUCCAGCUCCAAUUGACCCCCGGAUCGUCGAUGUGGCAGAACCGCCGAAGCAAACCCUUCCGCUUCCACCGGCAACCCAGGAGCGCCUCGAGAAAGCAGGGAUCGAUCUCUCCCAAGGAUACCCUUAUCGGCCAUCUCGUCCCUUGUACUUGGACGACGUUUACAGCAUCCGCGACUACGACCGGCCACAUGUGGACCCGGGUACUCGCGCGGACCCCGAGAAGAAAGCGCUACUCUCCGCGGCCAAAGAAGUCAUCCACUUGACAAGGCACAUCGGAACGGAGAUAGUGGGACUGCAACUGAAAGACUUGACUGGCCAGCAGAAGGAUGAAUUGGGCCUUCUCAUUGCGGAACGCAGUGUGGUCUUUUUCCGAGAUCAAGACAUUUCUCCACAGCAACAGAAGGAACUUGGAGAAUGGUUCGGCGAGAUUGAGGUCCAUCCCCAAGUGCCGCAGGUCCCUGGCGUCCCAGGCGUGACAGUGAUCUGGCCUGCCCUUCAAGCGACCGAGCGACCGGCGAAUUUCCGCAAUCCAGGAGGUGCAUCGCGAUGGCACACCGACCUCGUGCACGAGCGUCAGCCCGCAGGAGUGACCCAUCUGCACAACGACACUAUCCCCAGCAUCGGUGGGGACACCCUGUGGGCCAGUGGCUAUGCGGCGUAUGAAAAGCUAUCGCCCGCUUUCCGAAAGAUCAUUGAUGGUAGAACCGCCAUCUAUCGAUCCGCACAUCCUUAUCUGGAUCGCAAACACCCGGAACAAGGCCCAAGAUAUGUUGAGCGCGAGCACCCAUUGGUCCGUGUUCAUCCUGCGACAGGCUGGAAAGCGCUGUGGGUGAACCGAGCCAUGACCGACCGCAUUGUCGGCCUCGAUAAAGCUGAGAGCGACCUCAUUUUGAGCUACCUGUGUGAUGUGUAUGAGAAGAACAUUGAUAUCCAGGUUCGGUUUAAGUGGAGCCCACGAACAAGUGUUCUGUGGGAUAACCGGUCAGUAGCCCUGCGUAUGAUACGAUUGAGAUUUGAGCUAACAGGUGGUAGAAUCACCAUUCACAACGCCAGUUGGGAUUACGAAGGCUCCGAGCCCAGACAUGGUACUAGAGUCACGUCACUUGCCGAGAAGCCGUUCUUUGACCCGAAGGCGCCGACCCGUAGGGAGAGUUUGGGCUUGCUGGACGAUGCUGAGAAGGAAGAGCUGGCGAAAGCCAAAAAUUGAACGGGUUCAAGAGAUGGUUGUAAGACAAAGCAGGGUCUUCC